AUGGAGCCGGGUCGGCGCGCCCCGGGGCGCCGGGAAGCGGCAAGGGGGCUGCUGCUCGACGAGGCUGCGGCCGCCAAGGGGUUGCGUGAGGACCUGAGGGGCGCGGCAGCCCAGCCCUGGAGAGGCCUGGCGCGGAUCCCGAAGCAAGAGCGUCCGCGGCGCGAGGAGGCGGCGGCCGAGCACGAGUUCCUGCUGCCAAAUGAGAGAAGCUUCCAGAAUGCUGCUAAAAGCAAUAAUUUGGAGCUUAUGGAGAAGCUGUUUGAAAAGAAGGUUAACAUGAGUGCUGUGAACAAUAUGAAGCGCACAGCCCUGCCUUUUGCAGUGGGGACAGGUCAUUUGUCUGCGAUGGAUUUCUUGCUGAAUCACAAGGCCAGGGGGUUGUUGCUGGUGAGGAAGCAUGGCUUGACAGUAAUUCACCGAUCCUGGUCUGGAAGCCUUGAGAUCAUGCUCAUGCUGGUUAGAGUUGGAGCAGACCAGAGAGCCAAGAAUCAGGAUGGAAUGAAUGCCCUCCACUUUGGGGCUCAGAGCAACAACAUGGGCAUUGUGGAGUACCUCAUUCAAGAUCUACACCUGAUGGACUUGGACCAGCCUGAUGAGAAAGGAAGAAAACCAUUUCUUUUGGCGGCAGAGCGGGGCCACAUUGAAAUGAUAGAAAAACUUAUCUUCCUUAAUCUGCAUACUUCAGAAAAGGACAAGAAUGGCGAAACACCAUUCUUCUUAGCUGUUGAAGGAGGUCAUGUAGAAUUCAGCAAAGUGCUACUGGCAGCAGGAAGUGAUAUCAGCAUUCCAAAUAAACUCGAUAUCAGUGCUUUGCAGAUAGCACCCCGGAACAGCCACGCAUCCCUUGUCAGCUUUCUUCUCAGUGAGAACGUUGAUCUGCACCAGAAGGUGGAACCUAAGGAGUCCCCUCUUCAUUUAGCUGUUAUCAACAACCAUAUCACAGUGGUAAACAGCUUAAGUGCACAGCAUGAUAUUGACAUCUUAAAUCAGAGGUCGCAAACUCCUUUGCAUGUAGCUGCUGAUCUUGGAAAUGUGGAACUGGUGGAAACCCUGCGGAAGGUGGGCGGUGACCUAAGGUUGUUGACAAGGUGACAAGGGAAGACUGCCCUGGUUGCCUCCAGGAGCAACUGCAGCCUCAUCGUGGGCACGCUCAUUAAAGCCGAGAGGUGCUACGCCUGGAGAGAGGAGCAUUGUGAGAACAUCAAGGACCCAUCAACCAGCUUUACUCUGAUGUUCAAGCAAGAUCACAGUCAGGAGACCAGGCACAUUCGCAGUCUCCUCUGGCUUACUGUCCUGGCUUACUGUCAGCUGAAGACCAACAAGUGGCAGAGGCUAGCCCGUUUGUGGAACUUUACAGAUGCCCGGAUCAGAGCCAUCGAGGAGCAGUGGUCAGGUCAACAUGGCCCAGGAGAUGAGAGCUUCCGUGAACACGGCCACGGGGCUCUGCUCAUCUGGCUGCACGGGGCCCUGGUGAUACAGGCCACGCCGGUCAAGCACCUGUACGAAGAGCUGCUGUGCGCGGGUGAGUUACAGUUUUCAACAGAUAGGAACUCCCGCUCUCUUAAAAUGGUAGGGGACGGUCGGCACAAGUUCUUCCCUGAGCCACAGCAGUCCCAGCUUGGUGUCAGAACAUGCAGCUUCUCCUUUGGUGACUUAAUCAGCACUGGUCCCGUUGUUAGCCUGGUGGUUCUCAGUGUCAUUCCCCUGCUGGGCAUUUGA